AUGAACGGGGAAAGGAAGAUUGAAGACAGAAUGAAAGGUAUAGACAAGAUACUUCCCUGGAUGCAAUGGGAUUUACUGGAGGAGUCGCAGAUCGAAGGGAUGAUUGAGGUGUAUGUGGAUGCCGGAGCGAGGAAGGGCGAGGAAAGAAUGGGCAUAGGCCGGGCGUACGAAAGGAAUGAGAGUGAAUGGGUUCUAGGAAAUGAGAAGAUUCCCGAACAGAGCAGUGUGAAUGAAGCUGAACUGAUCACGAUAGAGAGAGUGAUAGAAAUGUGGGGUAUGAAUGAGAAUGUCAGGGUGAUUAGUGAUUCUGCAAUAGCGGUGGAAAGGAUGAAAGUGGCACGAGUGAAGAAUAAAAGGGUGGCAAUGAUUCAGAGAAUGGUUGAACCGAGGUAUGAAAGGGGAGCACGGACCGAAAUCUUAUGGCGAAGAGGGCACCGAAAUGAUAAUCUUGGCAAUGAAAAGGCCCACAAGGCGGCCACGAAAGGCUUAAGAAAGGAUAGCAUUUCAUGGAAUGUAAGAAAAAUGAGUAGCAAGAACGACGAGAGAAAGACGAUUAAGGGAUGGAUUAUGGAAUAA